AUGGCACCUGCUGAACUCAAGGAGUUAAAAUUGCAGUUGCAGGAUCUGUUGGAGCGUGGGUUUAUUCGUGAGAGUGGAUCUCCUUGGGGAGCACCUGUGCUAUUUGUUAAGAAGAAGGAUGGACCUUUGAGAUUGUGUAUCGACUAUCGGUUGCAAGGUGCAAUGGUCUUUUCAAAGUUAGAUCUUCGACAGAGGUAUUAUCAGUUGCUAAUUAAGAAGGAAGAUGUACCAAAGACUGCCUUUAAUUCUAGAUAUGGGCAUUAUGAGUUAGCGGUCAUGCCCUUUGGGUUGACCAAUGCCCUUGUCGCCUUUAUGGAUUUGAUGCAUCGGGUCAGGAACGGAGCUAAUGGGAGCGGAGGCGGGCCGCCUCGGAGGCGUUUUCGCGUCGUCGAUUACGAGGAGAGGCCAGGAGGACCGUUUCGGCGCUGGAGCGCGGCCAGUCGGACUAGGCACUGUAGUCGUUGCCAGUAUUACUCCUACGCUGACUAUGUGGUCGUGGCCGUGUUAGAUGAGAGGAGGAGGCUCAGGCGUGCCGCCGCCAGAGAUCACACUGAGCUGCAGCAUGUGAGGGGCAUCAUGAGGAUGCAGGCGGAUCGGAUUCGGGAGCUCCAGAGGGACGUAGCCAUGGAGCAGGAGCGGACGAAUGCUCUUAGAGAGCAGUUACACGUAGCCAACGGCCGUCUCACCAGGGUGGUCCGGGAGGUUAGAGACCGGUCCGGUGGUAUUAUCAACGAGUGUGAGGCGCUAAUCCAGGGAGUGAUUGGCACUAAUGUGCCAGGGGGAGUUCUGGGUGACGGAGCUCCAGGCGAGGGAGGCGUCCCUAGCUCUAGCUCUGGGAAGGAGUCGGUUGGCUCAGUUGAGAACUAG